UCUCAUGGAGGCUCAGUUACAGCCGUGAGCUCUCCGUAUCCCCCCCAGCAGCGGAGCUAUGGACAAAGUGGGCAACUAGAGAAGGUAUGGAGGGACUUGUCUGAAGUGGAUUCACAGUAGUUAGCCUCAUCACUGGACCUUUCUUUCAGUAUCGGUCCUGUUCGUUGACUAGCACAACUUCCUUGACCAGCGCAACCUUUGUUAUAGCGGCCAUCAUCAUGGCUGAGAGAGCGACCUUCGGGGCUCAGAAGGUGUCCCGGCCGCAGGGCUCCCUUCCGCCCGAGCCCAUCGACAUCAUCCGGACCAAGGCCCGUUCCAGGAGGGUCCGGAUCAACGUAGGUGGGCUGGUCCACGAGGUUCUGUGGCGGACUCUGGACCGCCUCCCGCGCACACGGCUCGGCAAGCUGAGAGACUGCAACACCCACGACACCUUAAUGGAAAUCUGCGACGACUACAGCCUGAAUGACAACGAAUAUUUCUUCGACCGGCACCCGGGCGCCUUCUCCUCCAUCUUGAACUUUUACCGGACGGGCAAGCUGCACAUGAUGGAGGAGAUGUGCGCGCUGUCCUUCGGCCAGGAGCUCGACUACUGGGGCAUCGACGAGAUCUACCUGGAGUCCUGCUGCCAGGCGCGCUACCACCAGAAGAAGGAGCAGAUGAAUGAGGAGCUGAGGCGCGAGGCCGAGACACUGCGGGAGAAAGAAGGGGACGAGGUGGACACGGGCUGCUGCCCUGACAAGAGGCAGAAACUGUGGGACCUGCUGGAGAAGCCCAGCUCUUCUGUGGCUGCAAAGAUCCUGGCCAUAAUAUCCAUCCUGUUCAUCAUUCUGUCCACCAUUGCCCUGUCACUGAACACUUUACCUGAAUUACAAGUCAUUGAUGAGUUUGGACAGUCGAAUGACAACCCCACCCUUGCCCAUGUAGAAGCUGUGUGCAUAGCGUGGUUCACAAUGGAGUACGUUCUGCGCUUCCUGUCCUCGCCCAACAAGUGGAAGUUCUUCAAAGGUCCUCUGAAUGUCAUCGAUCUCCUCGCCAUAUUGCCCUACUAUGUCACUAUAUUCCUUACAGAGUCCAAUAAGAGUGUCCUGCAGUUCCAGAACGUACGCCGAGUGGUCCAGAUAUUCAGGAUCAUGAGAAUACUCAGGAUCCUGAAACUGGCCAGACACUCCACAGGCCUUCAGUCUUUGGGCUUCACUCUCAGAAGGAGCUACAACGAACUGGGCCUGCUGAUAUUGUUCUUAGCAAUGGGAAUCAUGAUCUUCUCUAGUCUGGUGUUCUUCGCUGAGAAAGAUGAAGAUGCAACAAAAUUCACCAGUAUUCCAGCAUCGUUCUGGUGGGCCACGAUUACAAUGACAACAGUGGGUUACGGAGACAUCUAUCCACAAACCCUUCUAGGUAAAAUAGUAGGUGGGCUUUGCUGUAUUGCUGGUGUGCUGGUGAUUGCGCUGCCCAUCCCCAUCAUUGUGAAUAACUUCUCGGAGUUCUACAAAGAGCAGAAGAGGCAAGAAAAGGCCAUCAAGCGCAGAGAAGCACUGGAGAGGGCCAAGAGGAACGGCAGCAUCGUAUCAAUGAACAUGAAGGAUUCUUUUGUUCGUAACAUGGAGCUGAUGGAUGUGGUGAUCGAAAAGACUGAAGAAAAGCCCUCCGACAAUCACCUUUCUCCAAACAGAUGGAAUUAUCAAAAGAGCACAGACUCCAUCACCAAACCCUACGAUGCAAAAUAUCAGGAAGUGGUACAGCUGGGAUCUCCAGAACGAGCAAUCAAGGCAGGGUCAAGCCCUCAACGGCUGAACGCCAAGUCUCUGGAACAGAUGUACAACCAGAUGACGACUGCUCCUGCCGCUGCAAGCACUGGUGCAUUGGUUCCAAAGGGGGGCAGUAGGAUGGGCAGGGAAGAGAAGCUGGAGAUGAAGGUGGUUCACUCAGAGCCUGUGCUUAAAGACUGCCCUAUCACCGACAUUAGGAGCCUGUCAAGUAUUGACAGCUUCGCAAGCUGCACCACAGACGUUAGCGAAGUUGAGAAAACCGCCCUACUCCCCAAUGUGACUGGGAUGCAAUCAAGACACCCCCGUGCCCCGCCUCCUCUGGAUCUCAGCCAGAUCUCUGCCCUGGAUACACGGGCAGCUGAAAAGGCAAAGCAGCCCACCAUCAUCAAAGAGGGUCUCUACGAGUUUGUCCAGUACAAGCCAGAGAGCAGCACUCUAUCCCAAGGGGAGGAGAACCAAAGCUUUGACAUGAGCAGCGAAAACAUCAAGAGUUCUCCAAGAGCAACCCCAAACAACCCCAUCAAAGCCAAGGGGCUUAAAGUCAAUUUGAGUGAAUCUGGAGAGGAAGGAUCGUCUAGCCUGCAUCUAGUGGUUACUGAAGACACAGCGACACUUACGCCGCAAUCCUGGCAAAGCCCAAGGUCCCCAGGGAGAGGUUUCGAAGUGGAAGGAUCAAUGAGGUCCCCGGGUUUCGUCCCAUCUUCCGGCGAAAGCCAGAGAGGGAAGAAUCAUGUUGAAAGGUCAGCGACGGUGUCUCCCGCUUCACCUAAGACUGCGCUGAAUUGUUCGCCUGGCAUUACCGGUGGCAGCAGCAUGGAGGGAAAUUCAGAAAGCAGUCAAAGUGGACAGAAGGUCGUCAACCACCUCCUCUCGCCAGAUAUCCUCAAACAGACAGGGGACGGAAACCUUUCCCCGCCAUGCGAAACUAGCAUGUGAUGCUAACAGAGGUGGCUACCUUAGUAGAUACACAUGGACUGACAUUUAUUAAUCAAGUAAUAAGCACUGGAAGAGGCACAUCGACGUUCCGGUGUAGCGAAGAGGACGUUCUUUAGCUUGCAUGGCAGGACAUGUCCAUCUGUCAGAGUCUUGAUGGGACUGCAUUUUUGCAGAGAAAGGGACUCAGGUUACACACACCUGAACGGUUUGGUGUGCUAGCCUGUCUAAUUAUUACAGGAAGGGAGGACAAUAAUGAACAUUAAUCUUCUUCAUUCUUCUUUUUUUAAUGUUUCAGUUCUUUGAAUCGGCAAGUCUGAAAACCGUGGUGUUGUUCUCCAGGUUGAUCAAAGAGAGUAUGAUAAAGCAGACUUGUUGCCAGUGAUAAGCCUGACAUAUUAGGUCUCCACCCAACUGAUUGGAUGAGGUAAGCAUCCACAAAUGGCUUCCGUCACGGCCUGAUGCAAACAGCAGGCAAGGUUGUUUAUGCUGGGUUCACUAGUAAUCCAUUCACACUCAAAGUGCUGCCACUGUAUGCAAAAUGAGUUAACAGGACUUGAAUUUGAGCACUGAAGUGCUCAGAAUAUAUGCCUUCAUGAAUUUAUUUGGUGAGUUCAUGCUGUGUUAUGCCUCAGUUGCAAGAUUUCAGGCAAAAUACAGAAUUCACCUCCCUGAAUAGGUGGCAGGUAGUUUGCAUGCUCUUUGCAAGUCAUUAAGUCCCCGAGGCAGAGUGUAGAAACCAAAAAGAAGAAAAACAAAAACAUUAUCUUUCAGAUAUCUAUGUUAGCAUGUUAGCCUUCAUAUGUUCAGCAUAUAUUAGUCUACACACGUCCGGUUCCACUGUUCAUCGGUGGAAACGGUGCACGUGCAAAUUAUAACGAUUGUCCAGCACAUUAUAAACACUGUGGACAAAGUCCUGACUUUCUGGAAGCGAGAAGAUCAUUGCUGUAAUUUGUGUUGCCUUUUAUUCACAAACAUCUGGGAAAGAACUAGUUGAUUAGGAAUUAGGAGAGCAUCCAGCGUUUGACAGCAGCGCCCUCUGCUGGAGCAAAGAGAAUGGCACUUUAUAUUUAUAUAUACAAAAGACAGCACGAGUUGGUGAAGAUACUCAUUGUGGGAUGAAUGUGUUUUUGUUGGUAAUGUAGUUUUAUCCGGUGUGUGAAAUGACUGCCAUACAGUAGAAAAACUUCACAAGUCAGACGCUUCUUCAUAGGCAACAGAGUUAAAUAUUUUUGGGGGCUACUCAAACUGUAUAUACGUGACAGUCUGCAGUCUGCAACAACUAAAGUACUGAUCACAGAAAUUCUUGCUUGUGAAA